ACAAUUUUUCUUUUUCUUUUCAGUGCUGGAGUCAGAGUUAGGACCUUGUCCAUUCUGAGAAAGUGCUCUACCAACUGAGAUACACUCAGGCCAAUUCUCAGAUUGUACUACACAUUUAUAGACAGACCAACUUUGAAGCAUGAUGAAUUCUAGAAGGACACAACGUACGGCAUCUAGCCGUAGGGGCAGCUCCACCUUCAGCCUGUGUUGUUGCCUUCCGUUGUUUGGAUGUCGACGACCCAACAGUCGGCGGGCGGCGGAUCCCCCACUCUCCCAGCUUCUGAGGUACCCGCAGCUGAGGAGGUCAGCGAUCACUGAGUACGGGAUUCGGACUCUCGGACUCAGCAGCGAGCGAGGUCCACGGGCGGGAUGCGUGGUGGUGCAGACCGGCAGCUCCUGUUCGAGUGCUCCUGAAGUGGCGAUGCUACCAUUCGUUCCUCUGGAGGAUCUCUGGGACCAAGAAAUGGAGGUGUUCCGCAGCGGCAGUGCGAGCGACAGUGCGAGCGGCAGUGUGAGCGGCAUCGAGCCACAGAUUGUGUUUGUUCCGAGGACAACGGAGGCCAUGCAUGAAUAUGAGCAUGUCGAGGUAAAUGAUCUUAGAAUGGUUGAGGAGCCGAUGGAAGAGGGAGAACCAGCACCUGGCCUGAAUGAAGAUCUUAAAGAAAUCCCUAUUACACAGCAUGUGAAAGAAGGAUAUGAGAAAGCAGAUCCUGCACAGUUUGACUUGCUUAAGGUUCUUGGUCAAGGAUCUUUUGGAAAGGUUUUUCUUGUUAGAAAGAAGACUGGUCCUGAUGCUGGGCAGCUCUAUGCAAUGAAGGUGUUAAGAAAAGCUUGUUUAAAAGUUCGAGACCGAGUUCGUACAAAGAUGGAGAGGGAUAUUCUGGUGGAAGUAAACCAUCCAUUUAUCGUCAAAUUACACUAUGCCUUUCAGACUGAAGGAAAGCUGUAUUUAAUCUUGGAUUUCCUCAGGGGGGGAGAUGUCUUCACAAGAUUAUCCAAAGAGGUUCUUUUUACAGAAGAAGAUGUGAAAUUCUACCUUGCAGAGUUGGCCCUGGCUUUGGAUCAUCUGCAUCGAUUGGGAAUUGUAUAUAGAGACCUGAAGCCAGAGAACAUCUUGCUUGAUGAAAUAGGACAUAUCAAGUUAACAGAUUUUGGGCUUAGCAAAGAGUCAGUGGAUCAAGAAAAGAAGGCAUAUUCAUUUUGUGGUACUGUAGAGUACAUGGCUCCUGAAGUGGUAAAUAGACGAGGCCAUUCUCAGAGUGCUGAUUGGUGGUCGUAUGGUGUACUUAUGUUUGAAAUGCUUACUGGCACUUUGCCAUUUCAAGGUAAAGACAGAAAUGAGACCAUGAAUAUGAUACUGAAAGCAAAACUUGGAAUGCCUCAAUUUCUUAGUGCUGAAGCACAAAGUCUUUUAAGGAUGUUAUUCAAAAGGAAUCCAGCAAAUAGAUUAGGAUCAGAAGGAGUUGAAGAAGUCAAACAACAUGGUUUUUUUGCAUCUAUUGACUGGAAUAAAUUAUAUAGAAGAGAAGUCCAGCCUCCUUUCAGACCUGCUUCUGGAAAAGCAGAUGAUACUUUUUGUUUUGAUCCUGAAUUUACUACCAAAACACCUAAAGAUUCUCCUGGUCUGCCAGCCAGUGCAAAUACUCAUCAACUCUUCAAAGGAUUCAGCUUUGUGGCAACUUCCAUUGCAGAAGAAUAUAAAAUCACUCCUGUUACAAGUGCAAAUGUAUUACCAAUCAUCCAGAUAAAUGGAAAUGCUGCUCAAUUUAGUGAAGUCUAUGAACUGCAAGAGGAUAUUGGUAUUGGAUCUUACUCUGUUUGCAAGCGAUGCAUACAUUCAGCUUCCAACAUGGAGUUUGCAGUGAAGAUCAUUGACAAAAAUAAACGGGACCCCUCAGAAGAAAUUGAAAUUCUGAUGCGCUAUGGACAACAUCCCAACAUUAUCACUUUAAAGGAUGUCUUUGAUGAUGGGAAAUAUGUUUACCUUGUUACGGAUUUGAUGAAAGGAGGAGAACUACUGGAUCGUAUUCUCAAGAAAAAGUGUUUCUCAGAACAGGAAGCUAGUGAAGUACUGUAUGUAAUAACAAAGACAGUUGAAUAUCUUCAUUGUCAAGGAGUUGUUCAUCGUGAUCUUAAGCCCAGUAAUAUUUUGUAUAUGGAUGAAUCAGCGAACGCGGAUUCCAUUAAGAUCUGUGAUUUUGGGUUUGCAAAACAGCUUCGAGGAGAAGAUGGACUUCUGUUAACUCCCUGCUACACUGCAAACUUUGUAGCACCUGAGGUUCUCACUCAACAGGGGUAUGAUGCUGCUUGUGAUAUUUGGAGCUUAGGAGUCCUUUUGUACACUAUGUUGGCUGGCUACACUCCAUUUUCCAAUGGACCCAAUGAUACUCCUGAAGAAAUACUCCUGCGUAUAGGCAAUGGGAACUUCUCUUUGAGUGGUGGAAACUGGGACAAUAUUUCAGAUGGAGCUAAGGAUUUGCUUUCUCAUAUGCUUCACAUGGACCCACAUCAGCGUUAUACUGCGGAAGAAGUAUUAAAGCACUCUUGGAUAACUCACAGAGAACAGUUGCCGAGGGAUGAGCCAAAGACAGAUGAUAUACCAUAUAUUGUUACGGAAGCAAUGGUUGCAACAUACUCUGUCUUGACUCACCAGACUUUCCAACCAGUCCUAGAGCCUGUUGCUGCUUCAAGUUUAGCUCAGAGACGGAGCAUGAAAAAGCGAACAUCAACUGCCUUGUAAGAUUCAUACUAUUCCUCAGCUAACUGGAUGAAGAGAAAAUUAAAUGUGUUGUGGGUUGGUUUUGUUUUGUUUUUGCCUAAUCUUAUAUCAAAGGUAUUUUUUUUUCCUUUCACAUUACUUGAAUAUUCUAUUUAAGCCUCUCUUUUUGGGAGGUUCGAAUUUUAAAUGAACAUACAUAGGUCCAUAAUAUUCAUAUUAUGUCAUUUUGCAGUAGUUUCCAAAUGUUUAACUAUAUAAUUGAUGCCCACAAAGUCUUAACAACUUCUCUGCACAUUAACUCUCCAAAUUCCUUUCAAACAGAGUUAUUCUAUUAUUAUUUUACACAAAAUUGGUUUAGGGAGUCAUUAAUAGUAAUCAAGAUGCUUUUCAUAUGUUAUAAAUAUUAUAAUGCCAAACAAUGACAGUGUUUUUUUAAUAUCAUAUCCUGAAGAAAAACUUUUUUGUUUUUAAAAGAAAAACAGAAGUAUUCUACUAGCUUGUGCAUAGCCAAAGCACUCCAUUCAUUUGAGUCUGUUUAGAUACUAAAUGUAGCAAAAGUAGUUUGGUGCCAGAGUAAAAUCCAUUUGUGCUAAUACAUGAAGUCCUGAUAUGGUUGGUGCCAAAGUUCUGAUAGAAUAAUUCAAUCACUAAUAAUGUGUGCAGACAGGUUUGUAUAUUAUCUGUAAGUGGCUUCAUCUAGACAAAGUUUUCAUAAGGCUUCUAAUGUUUUACAGCUAAUGGAAUUGUAGUAAAAGUGAAGAAAUUUUUAUUCAAAGGUUUCAUGUUGGUCUUUAAUCUCCUAAAUAUGUCAUAGUUAAGUCUUUGAAUAUGAAGUACAUGGUGUUGAUGUGAUCUUAGUGUUACAUAAACUGACUUUGAAGUUAACCAGUUCAAUUUCAUGAUCAUCUUUCCCCUUUAUAAAUGGAGAUACACUGUUUUAUUUCUGAUUUCCAUGUGAUUUGAGCUACAGUAUAGUGUAUUGAUUGAUCUCCCUUGAAUCCUAUGGUGAUGUAGUUGAAGUUUUAUUAUAGUGGACUUGUGCACUUAGCACAUAUGAAACUGUAUAAUGCAUUCCAGUAAGCGUUAGACAAUUCUACGUAAUAGUUGUACUUCAAGAAGAUAAUCUAAGAUUUUAAAUAGGAAAACAUUAAUGAUUCACACAGAAAUUUGAGCACAUUUAAAAAUCAUAUUUAUAGUAAACCAGCCAAAUUGUUUUUACUAAAUUUAUGAUUCAGAACCACUGUAUAAUAAUGUAUUGUUUUCUUUGAAUGCUGAAAUUUAAAAAAAAAAUCAUUUUAUGUUGUCCAGAAAAAUACUGUUAACUACUACUACUGACGGAAAUAACUCAUGAAUGUAAACUGGAGGAUGUCAGUUUUGUUUAGUGAAUAGAAAUGUAUACUUGUUUGUGCUAGGUGUACUAUUUGCUGUGCAUUUUACUUUGCUUAGUUCAGAAAGAACUGAUUACUGAGUAUAUGAUUUAGGCUAGGAGACAUGUAAUGUUGGUAUUUAAGAAAACAAACUAUAUGUAUUCUCUUUAAAAUGUAAGAGAUCUGUAUCCAUGCACAAAUAUGUUUCCUACACUUGAUAUAUAAAAGGAUGUAUUCUUACUUUGAGGUGUCUUUUUUAAAAUAAUUGAACAAUAUUAAGUAACAGCUGAUCUGAUGCCACAUAAUAGCAUUACUUAGUCUUAGUGUCCCAUUUAGUGAAUUUGGUGUUCCAAUGUGGUUCAUUUCCCCUUUUUUUGCUUUCUUACAUUAAGUACUUGCAUUUAAGAAUCUGUGUCCAUAUUCUUUGAGUUAUUGUGUUCCUGUCAUUGUCUCGUUUGUGCAGUUAUGCAUUUUUAUCAGUUUUUUUUUUUGUCAAACUCAAAGAUGUAAUUUUGCUAUUGAAUUUUUAGGACACAUACUGUUUCCAUAUCUAUUUUCCAGCUAAUAAAAUUAGAGAAAAUGAAACUGGAAAAUGAAAAAUCAUCAUAAAAUGCCCUUCAGCCUUUGUAUAAUGAAUGGGUUAAAAAGAUUAUCAUGAUUUUCAAUUGUUUGCUCAGAGGGUUGUGUUGUACAGCCUGAUAUGAAAGGAACACUAAGGAAUAAGCAGUGAAUAUCAUACUUCCUUAUCCCCCAGUGAGUAUUUACUGUGCAGAAGACACAGGCAUGCUAAAGCAUUUACCUAAUUGUGAGAAACUUGCUGUUAGAAAUUUCAAAUGUACUAGCUUAACAAAAGUAGUAGAGAGACAACAUUAUUAUAAAAGAAAGACAUUACAAUACCCUUGUUUUGUAAAAGUGGGGUAUCUAAUCAUGUCCUUUUUGGCUAGAAUAAAUCCAAAUAGAGUGAGUGAAGGUUCAAAUACUUCUCAAAAAAAGACUUCUAUAAAUGAGUGACCAGUUAAACUUUCUGUAAGACUUUAGCAUACUAUAGUUCCUAAUGGGUUCAUGAAGAAUUAUUUUGCAUUAUUUGGUAGUAUUUAACAGCAGCACAUUUUGAGCUAAAACUUUGAGGUGUUUUACUCUUCUGGAAAGGAGAAGAUAUUGAACUUAUUUUUCUUGAAGAGAAAACAUUAGGUCACUAAGGUAGACUAAGAAUCCAUUGUCUGAAAGCACACAGUAUCAUGAAUGAAUAUUCAGGAAACCAUUCCCAAGUUAGAAAGCAGUGUUGGUGACUGAUUUUCUGGUAUCAAACUUUUAACCUAUUUUGAUAGGAAUGCCUGAAUAUUGUUUUUUUAUUAAUAUUUAUUUUUGUUUUCUGAUUUUUUAAUAGAAAUUCUGGUUAGUGAUUGAAUUUGUUUGGCAACCCACAAAGUUAACAAUGGUACUUGGUAUUGAUAUUUCCAUACUGACACAUGUUAAAAUAAUAUUGCUCAUAGAAACUCAUUAUUAAUAGUAUCCGAACUAGAAGAAAGGCCCCUCAUAUAUAAAGAAGAAAAAAGAAAAACAACAAAAGGCACACUGAAAAAAUAUACUUUACACUAGGCAGUUUAUCCAUUUCAUACAUUCUCUUUCAUGUGGUUUUCUAAACUGCUCACUAUCCUACUUGAUCACCUCACAACAGUUUUUUACCAUUAAGAUUUACCAAAUCCUCAGAAGGAUUAAGUAUUCCAAAAGGAUCUACUCCUUUCUUUUUUCCUCAAAUCAAGACUUCCAUUUUAAGAACAGUGGAGUUCAGCUAAUAAGAUGGCAGGAAAGCUGCAUCACUAAAUUAAUGCACAUUUUCUUAUUAGUGGCUAGUAGAGAAUUAGCAUUUUUCAAUGAAGAAUGCUACUAGGCAAAUGUGUUUCUAGUUGCAGGAAUUUCAGGCAAUCUCAUCAAAUGAGAAUAAUUUUAAAUUCAGUUAUUGCUGAAGUUUGGGGGUUAAAGAACAUACUCAGAAGUUCCCAGGGUUAAGUCUUUCAAUAAAAUGUUUCAUAUUUGUAGAGUUCCUUCCUUUCCGGGCAUUCUGUAUUUUGUCUUAAAAUAUUCCAAGCUUUUUCAUAUACCGAACUACUUUAUAACAAAGUGGUAUAUAGAGAGAAAGGUAUUGGUAGUCAUUUCUUUACAUGUUGUUAAACUCAUAUUUUUCUGUAUUUUAAUUUCUCACAAUGCAUAUUUAGUAACAUAAGGACAUUUAUUCAACCCACAAUUGUAUUAAUAGAAAAAAGCACAGAAAUUCAAAUGAAAAUUAUUUUUCUUUUUUUUUCCCGGUUUUUUGAGACAGGGUUUCUCUGUGUAGCUUUGGAGCCUGUCCUCAAACUUGCUUUGUAGAUCAGGCUGGCCUCGAACUCACAGAGAUCAGCCUGCCUCUGCCUCCCAAGUGCUGGGAUUAAAGGCAUGCACCACCACCGCCCAGCGAAAAUUAUUUUUAAAUGGAUUCCUUUUCUAGACUCUUUGUCUAGAUUUUAGGACCCAGAGAUCUAUUGUAUUAUAUUGUUUUGCAACAAUAAUUCAAGCCAUAGUAAAUCCAGAUUGACCAUACGUUUAAAUUUAUUUAAUGUCCUUUUUUUCAUUUCAGUGCUUGUUAAGGAGUUUUUCUUCUUUAUCUUGAGAUCAAUGAUUGCUGAGAUGAUGAUUAAGUAUUGUGUUAGUGAUUAUUUACAAUACCCAUUAUGCUCAUGGAGUAAUUUUUUCCUGCUUUUAGUCUUAUAAUCUAAUGGAGUCUAUUCUAUAAUUUCUGUAAAAUAAUCUUGCUUUAUCAUCUAAAAUUCAACUUAACUGCUAAUAUGUAGAAGACCUAUACUUGGAUAUACAAUAAAUCUUAGUUUACAAGCACAUGUUUCUUUGGAAUAUUAAGAAAAUUACAAAAAGAAAAGUACUUUAAGUACUUUUAAAAUAAAGAAAUUCAAAAUUGCUUACAUUGUAUUAGAAAAUAUAUACAUUUUAGUAAUUGAUUAGGAAAAAAACCUUGAGCUAAAUGUUUAGUAUAUGUCUCUGAACAUAUACCAAGUAAAGGUUUGUUCUAUAUUCCUAUUUCUUAACCAUGGACACCUCUGGAAAAUGACUGUUUUGUUUCUACUUUGAUUAGUUAUAACUAUUAAUUAUUCUUGAAAAUGGUAAUUAAACAUCCAAUUUUAUGUGGAACAGUUCUAGAGAAUAUAUUAUAUGUGCAUUAAUUUAUUAAUAAUUGAUAUUAUUUGGCUAAUUUGUUGCUUUUUUUUUACUCAACUAAUAUUGUUCAGAUAGCAUUUUACUUCUUGCUUAAAAUUUGUUGUUUCUAAAACUCAAUACCACUUAUAUCAAAGGUAUAAACUUUUCUUAGUACAGUAAAGUUAUUUUCACUACCAGGAAAGCAAUCUAGGAAGAAACCACCACUUUUAAAAGUUAUACACAAACUUUUAAUUAAAUAUUCAAGUCCCAGCAUGGUUUGUGUGUAUGCAAAUUUAUCUUGCAUUAUAGUCCAUAAUAUAAAGGAGAAAAAAGUAUGUAGCAAAACAAAAGUGCUAUCGCUAGUCUUGAGUUGGCCAGGAUUUAUGCAAAAAUAGCAUAGUUUGCUACUGCCAUGUCUUUAAAAAAUUUAUUUUUCUGACACUUCCCAAACACUUAGCAAUUCAUGUACCUAUUGUUUUGAUACAGGCAUUUAAAUUCACUAGAGUUUCGUUGCAUGCUUCAACAGAAAUGGUGUUAAAUAGAAAUUGUAUAUAGAUUUACUUCCCAGGAACUUAAAAAUCUAAAAGCUGAGAUUUACGAAAAAGUCCCCAGGUUGCUAUAAACUGUGAUUUUUCCAAACUAGUAUAGGUUUUAUACUAUCAUUUAUUUCGUAAAUAUUUUUUCUUUAAGACACUUCCUUUUGACGUUGAUGUUUUCAUUCAUUGUACAUUUUUCAUCUUGUAAGAUUAGAUUUAGUAGUGCAUUCUACAGUAUUCUUUUACCUCACAGUGCUGCUAAAGAAAUGGCUAUCCUUUUGAAUUUACAACAUGCCAAAGAUGACAUCAAGUUAUAUUUAUUUUUGUUCUUGUUAAAACUGUGAGCAACAAUUAUCAAGAAAUUAUGUUAAAUUACUGGCAUUCUCUGGGUACUAAAUAAAAAGGCUGUAACUUUCUAACAUUUUA